AGGAGUUCCGCACUUUCUGUUUGAAGCAUUCUGGGAGAGAGAGAGAGAGAGAGAAAGACAGCGAUGUGUCCGACAGAGCAGCGCUUCAUCAGAGCCGACAAAUGAACUAACUUUUAACUUUACUUUGUGUAUUUUUUUUUCCAAAAUGAUGCGUUUUCUGCUGCUCUUUAGUCGCCAAGGGAAGCUACGGCUGCAGAAAUGGUUUUUGCCACUGCCUGAGCGAGAGAAGAAGAAGAUCAUACGGGACAUGACCACGAUGGUGCUGGCUCGAAAACCACGCACGUGCAACUUCCUGCACUGGCGAGAUCUGAAGAUUGUAUAUAAGAGGUAUGCCAGUCUGUAUUUCUGCUGUGGUUUGGAGGACCAGGACAAUGAACUAUUGGCUUUGGAAGUGCUGCAUCGAUAUGUUGAGCUGCUGGAUAAGUACUUUGGCAAUGUGUGUGAGCUGGACAUAAUUUUUAACUUUGAGAAGGCGUAUUUUAUCUUGGACGAGUUUCUGAUGGGGGGAGAGAUACAGGAAACAUCGAAACAGACCAUCGCUAAAUCCAUUGAGGCUUCAGACAUGCUGCAGGAGACGAUGGAAGAGUACAUGAGCAAACCGGCCUUUUAGCAUCUUCUCGAUGGAAACAGCACUCAUCAACGCAAUGAAAGGAAAAAUACAGGUCUCAAACUGUAACACUCACAAACAGAUCAUGGCUUACACAAGUGGUUGCACUUUGCCAAUAGAAGACAAGAGGAUAUGAAGAUGCUGAAAAAUGUCUGUAUGUGAAGGAAAUCUCUUGCUUUAAUACAUCGGGAGGAAGCCUUUUCUGUUUGUCUCCAGUCACAUGUCAAAUUAAAAAAAAAAAAUAGUUCUUACUUACAUUACGUACUUCUGCAGUGGUUGUUUGGUAUAUUCACGACUAUAACACUUUUUUUAACCCUGUAGAGAUCAUUUGUUACUUGAAUAGGUUGAUUUAAAGUCUUAUAGAUUUGGGAGAAUUUGUGUAAGGAACACUGCACAAGUCUAUUAGCAACAACUUACUGUUGUUUGUUAGAAGACGUUUGCACGGCUUUGCAAGAAAUUUCAUUAUACACGUUCACUUUAUCCUAGGUACUAAAUUAAUGGGUUGAAUAGCAAUAAUUCUACUAAACCUCAAACUAAUGUAAAGUGCCUACUUUGUGAUUGUCUCCUACACAUUUUUAAUGGUUAUGGUGUGUCUUAUCAAAGAAGUUAUAGAAAUUUAAAAAGGUUUGAAAAGUGAUUUUAUAUGCAGUGACUUGAUUACUUGCAAUUAUGCUCUAAGGAAUAAAUGAUGAAAUCUGUUCAAUAUUGAAAUUAAAAUGUAUUUUGAUACA